AGGUUUUAACAAAUAUAAGACAUGACAUGUUGACAAUAAAUGCAUAUGUACACGGUACUGUACAAGACUGGAUAGUAAACAAAAAUAAGUUAAGAUGUACAUGGUACUCCCAAGUCACAUUUAGUAAUACUUACCAAACAUGCUGUAAUACUAUAACAUGAUCUCACAUUUUGUUUGGCAUGCUCAGGUGGGAACAGUACUACUCAGUUGUGCAUUCUUUUACGACAUUUUUUGGGUCUUUGUUUCCAAAUGGUGGUUCAAAGUGAGCGUGAUGAUAGUGGUAGCUCGUGGUGAUAGAAGUGGCGAAGACGGCAUUCCCAUGCUACUCAAGAUCCCUCGAAUGUUUGAUCCUUGGGGUGGAUACAGCAUCAUUGGAUUUGGUGAUAUCAUCUUGCCGGGUCUACUAGUGGCCUUUUCCCUAAGAUAUGAUUGGCUGUCUAAAAAAAGUCUACGAGAUGGAUACUUUCUUUGGGCAAUGAUUGCUUAUGGCUCAGGUCUUCUUGUUACAUAUGUGGCUUUGAACAUGAUGGACGGACAUGGCCAACCAGCUUUGCUUUACAUCGUACCUUUCACACUAGGCACAUUAAUAACAUUGGGGAAGAAGAAAGGUGAUUUGAAGCAUUUAUGGACCCGAGGAGAACCCGAUAGGCCUUGCCCACAUGUCCAACUUCAACCCACCGAAGAAUGACUACUCUAAUCACAUUCCCGACUUAUCUUUUAGAGUAAAAUUCGGAUACUAUACCUGGGUAGAUUAGAACAGAAGUAAAAUCUCGAAUGAAUAGUGUUAUAAUAUGAUAUAGCAAGUUUCUUCCUACUUGAAAAGAGAUUUUAAGGUGUAUUAGAGCAGAUUAUUUUGUGCAUUUACCUCGUUGUAGCCAAACUGGUUUCCCCAUUCAUGUACUUGCCAUUGGACUGACUACAAUUUAAUCUGGAAAAAUAUAUAUUGAAAAUUACUGUAUACGUAAAAAAGU